GCGAAAAUUACAGUCAACCGGCAUUGUGAUUUUGGUCCGUCUGAGAAAACGUCUUUAGGAGAGGUUACAGGCUUGGAACGCGAAGGUUGAAGGUUAUGCGUACGGUGGCCUUACCAGAGCCGACUAAUGUGUUGAACAAUGACUUCCCAGUUCCUCUACAGAAUUCCGCAGACGGCCAGCGUCGUCUUGCUAACUCCAUUAGAAGCUGUCUGAGCUUGAUUCAUCAUCUUGACCAAAGCCAAGGAAUCACUCUCAAGUCUCGGCCACAAAUUUUCUGAAUCCCGUAUUCUACGCUAAAGUCAGACCUCGUAGUGCGCUUUAUACUACUGUCAAGUUAUUUAAAUUUUGAACUUAAGGUGCAGAAUGUCAUUUCCGCUUUAGCCCCGUUGCGGUCACUAGCGAGGCUCAACCUUUGCGGCCAUGUGUUUGCUAAGUUUCCGAAGAACUGUAUCGCUUUCCUGCCGAUAUCUGUCUGAAAAAUCAAGUUUACGCAAAGUCUUCGUAAAAUCGAGCAAUCCCAAUGAUUCUAUCAUAAGCCGGCUUUGCCAAGAGAAGAAAUUUAAGGAAGCCAUUGAUAUCUUAAGUGAACAAAAGCGAGUCAAGGAAGCGGUUCGGUUGCUAGAUCACAUUGACCGACCCUCUUCUUUAGUAUACUCAACGCUUAUUCAAGCUUGUCUUCAGCAUCGAGCUCUUGAUGAGGGUAGGAGGGUCCAUGCACACACCAAAGCUUCUAACUUUGUUCCUGGGAAAGUCAUUUCCAAUCGUUUAAUCGAUAUGUAUUCAAAAUGUGGAAGCCUUGUUGAUGCUCAGAAGGUGUUUGAUGAAAUGGCCGAUCGAGAUUUGUGUUCUUGGAAUAUUAUGAUAGCUGGUUAUGCCAAGGCUGGACAGCUUCAACAAGCUAGGAAGCUGUUUAAUGAAAUGUCUCGAAGAGAUAAUUUUUCUUGGACUGCUUUGAUAUCUGGUUAUGUCCGCCAUGGCCAGCCAAAAGAAGCUGUGGAGUUGUUUAGAAUGAUGCAAAGGCAUGGCGAUUCAAAAUUAAAUCAAUUUACUCUGUCCAGUGUAUUGACUGCGUCUGCUGCAAUUCAAAGUUUACAUUUUGGGAAGGAAAUUCAUGGCCACUUAGUGCGAAGGGGUUCAAACUUGGAUGAGGUGGUUUUGAGUGCUCUUCUAGAUAUGUAUGGCAAGUGUGGGAGUUUAAGAGAAGCUAGGGGCAUUUUUGAUCAGAUGGUGAGCAGAGAUAUUGUUUCAUGGACAUCCAUGAUUGAUAGAUACUUUGAAGAUGGACAGAGAGAAGAGGGAUUUGCACUAUUUGGAGACUUGAUACGAUCAGGUGUCCAGCCAAAUGAAUAUACAUUUGCCAGCGUUUUAAAUGCUUGUGCUGAUGAUGCUGUGGAGGACCUGGGUAAGGAGCUUCAUGGUUACAUGACUAGAGUGGGUUAUGACCCCUACUCAUUUGCUGUAAGUGCUCUUAUUCAUUUAUACUCAAAGUGUGGGAACACAGAAAAUGCAAGAAAGGUUUUCAAUCAGAUGCCUUGUCCAGAUUUGGCAUCUUGGACUUCAUUAAUUAUUGGUUAUGCUCAGAAUGGCCAACCUGAAAAGGCUCUUCAUUUCUUUGAUUUACUGCUCAAAUCCGGUCUUGAGCCUGAUCAAGUUACUUUCGUUGGGGUUCUUUCAGCUUGUGCUCAUGCUGGAUUAGUAGAUAAAGGGCUAGAAUAUUUCCAUUCCAUAGAAGAGAAGCAUGGACUGAUGCACACUGCAGAUCAUUAUGCAUGCGUUGUUGAUUUGUUGGCAAGAUCUGGCCGAUUCAAAGAAGCAGAGAAUCUCAUAGAUAAAUUGCCCAUAAAGCCAAGUAAAUUCCUUUGGGCAUCCUUACUUGGAGGAUGUAGAAUACAUGGGAACCUUGAAUUGGCUGAACGGGCAGCAAAAGCAUUGUUUGAAAUAGAACCAGAGAAUCCGGCUACCUAUAUCACUCUAGCCAACAUUUAUGCUACGGCUGGUAUGUGGGGUGAGGUAGCCAAGGUUAGAAAGGCUAUGGAUGUUAGUGGGAUAGUGAAGCAGCCAGGUAAGAGCUGGAUUGAGAUCAAAAGGCAGGUGCAUGUGUUCCUAGUUGGUGACACAUCUCACCCAAGAUCACAUGAUAUACAUGAGUUCUUGGGAGAACUCUUUAAGAAAAUGAAAGAGGAGGGAUACGUCCCGGACACAAACUUUGUGCUACAUGAUGUGGAGGAGGAGCAGAAAGAGCAAAACCUUUCCUACCACAGUGAGAAGCUCGCUGUUGCUUUUGGAGUUAUUUCAACUCCUCCAGGAACACCAAUCAAGGUUUUUAAAAACUUGAGAACUUGUGUAGACUGUCACACUGCUAUCAAAUACAUCUCCAAGAUUGUUCAAAGACAGAUAAUUGUAAGGGAUUCAAAUCGGUUUCAUUGUUUUGAAGAUGGGAACUGCUCAUGUAAAGACUAUUGGUAAUACUUCAAUUAUACAGACUUAUCAAGUGUUUUGACCUGAGGGUGAAUUGACAUCCUCCUUGUCAGAAUCUCUGCCUGCGAUGGCUGCAUUAAUAACCUUUGUUCCUAGUCAUUUAAGAGGGGUAGCUGUCAAGCAAAGGAGGUAGAUGCCACACUCAUCUACAGUUGUCAUAUGGUGUUCUAUAAUGAUCAAGAUGCAUGCCGUAUAGUGUUGGGACACUGAGUGGUCGUCCAAAGGUAUGUUAUCUUUAGAGAAGUUUAUACUAGAAGUCUUCUUAUAAUAAUGGAUCAAAGACAAUCAAUGUUAAGCCUUCUGUAUUGAGUUGUCGUAGAGAAAUUGAGGCAGGAAAUUGUGGCUACUGAACAGUUCCUUCUGUUAAGGUGAAGAUGAUGAGGGUGGUGAUGACCAAGCUGCUGUGGUUUUUGAUGGUUUUGAUGAUCUCAGGCUACAGUUCAAAGUGACUACUCUCUAGUUCCCAUUUCCUUCCGUGUCAGUUUGUUCUGUUUCAUCUUGAGAUCAGGGGCCUGGAUGUCAGUCUAAUACUUCCAGCAGAAACUGCUCUGAACAGAAAGCAGUUCUCUGUGGGGCCACCACCUUAUGAGCUUUGGUGUAAACAGGAAUUGGUCUUUGCCUGAAUUUUAAAAUGGCUAGGUUGGCUCUGGUGUAAGCAACUCUAUUGUAACUCAUUGUUUAAGCAGAGAUUUUUUUUUUG